GGGAUCUGAGCUUAAAUAUUCAAAAUGGCGGACGGAGGAGCAGCGAGUCAAGAUGAGAGUUCAGGAGCAGAUUCUAGAAUGAGUAAUCCGUCAGAAACGAGUAAAUGUGCAAUGGAGAGUGGGGACGGAAACACAGGUGCCCAAACAAACGGACUGGACUUUCAGAGGCAGACGGUGCAAACAACAAACGCAAUCACCAACGCACACGCACAGGCCCUGCUCCAACAGUUGACUCUGACCCCAGCGCAGCAGCAGCUGCUGUUGCAGCAGGCUCAGGCGCAGCUGUUGGCAGCUGUGCAGCAGCACUCGGCCAGCCAGCAGAGCAGCACCACGGGAGCCAGCAUCUCCGCCUCCGCUGCCACACCGAUCACGCAGAUUCCCCUCUCCCAGCCUAUCCAGAUCACACCACAGUUACAGCAGCUGCAGCAGCAGCAGCAGCAGAACCUCAACCUUCAGCAGUUUGUGCUGGUGCAGCCAGGCCACCCCAUCGCCACUCAGCUGCAGCCAGCGCAGUUCAUCAUCUCGCAGACGCCGCAGGGCCAGCAGAGCCUCUUGCAAGCCCAGAAUCUUCUAACUCAACUACCUCAAAGCCAAGCCAACCUCCUGCAGACUCAGCCAAGCAUCACCCUCACCACACAGCCCGCAACACCGACACGCACGAUAGCAGCUACCCCCAUCCAGACCCUCCCCCACAGCCAGACAACGCCAAAGCGCUUGGACACCCCCAGCCUGGAGGAGCCCAGUGAUCUGGAGGAGCUGGAGCAGUUUGCCAAAACCUUCAAACAGAGGAGAAUCAAACUGGGCUUUACUCAGGGGGAUGUCGGCCUUGCUAUGGGAAAGCUUUAUGGAAACGACUUCAGCCAAACCACCAUUUCUCGCUUUGAGGCCUUGAACCUGAGCUUUAAAAACAUGUGCAAGCUGAAGCCUUUGCUGGAGAAAUGGCUUAAUGAUGCAGUGUGUGCAGAGAACCAGACGUCGGACCAGGCCCUAUCCAGUCCCAGCUCUUUGGGCUCCCCUGGGCUGGGCAUGGAGGGCCUCAACCGGCGUCGCAAGAAAAGGACCAGCAUUGAGACCAACAUCAGAGUGGCCUUAGAAAAGAGCUUUCUGGAGCAGAACCAAAAACCUACCUCUGAGGAGAUCACCAUGAUCGCCGACCAGCUGAACAUGGAGAAGGAGGUGAUCCGUGUGUGGUUCUGCAACCGCCGGCAGAAGGAGAAGAGGAUCAACCCGCCUAGCAGCGGCAGUGCCGGCAGCACCCCCAUCAAAGCAAUCUUCUCCCCCUCCACACCCCUGGCGCCUUCCACAGCCAGUCUUGUGACCAGUACCACCCCGACUACACUGACUGUAAAUCCUGUUUUGCCUCUCACCAGCACAAGUGUCUCCAGCAUUGGCUUCACUGGCACGACUGUGGGCUCGGUCUCCUCCAACACUGCGUCAGUCAUAUCCUCUGUUCCCGUUGUUACGACUGCAGCCUCGUCUCCCUCACUCAGCCCCUCCCCCAGCACGAUGCAGGCGUCCUCGGCUGAGUCUUCAACAUCACAGGAGCCAGCGACUACAGUAACCCAGGCACCAUCCUCGCUGGCCAAUACACUGGGCACAGGGCAGGUGAUGGUGGCGGCACCCAGCUUGUCAGCUGCACUGCAGGGGGCUGCCCAGCUUCCCACCAGCGCAAGUUUCGCCGCCAUGGCUGCAGCUGCUGGCCUCAACCCGGGCCUCAUGGCCUCCUCACAGUUCGCUCCUGGUGGGGCUCUGCUGAGUCUGGCUCCUGGUGGUUUGGGCAGCGCGUUGAGUCCAGCACUGAUGAGCAACAGCACCUUGGCCACUAUCCAAGGUGUGUGGAGCGCUCUGGCAUCUAGCGGGACUCUGCCCAUCACCUCUCUGGAUGGCAGUGGUAACUUGCUGUUUGCCAACGCCAGUGCCGGGAGCACGCCCAACCUGGUGACGGCGCCCCUCUUCCUGAACCCACAGAACCUGUCUCUGCUUACCAGCAACCCGGUCAGUUUGGUGUCCGCUGGGGCGAGUGCAGGGGCCGCUGGAGCCCUCAACCUACAUGUUGCCGCUGAUACCCACCACAAUGCUGUCACCACGGCAACCGUGCCCGCCUCCACAAUCACCACCGCCUCUAAGGCCCAGUGAAGGCUCUGCCCAUUCUCUUUCCUCUUUCUUCUUAUUCCUUUCCCCUCUGCUUUUCCUCAUCAAUCAUUAUUUAAUCCCUUUGCUACCACCAAAAAGAAACUCGAAAAGAGGUUUUUGUAUUAUUAUUUUACUGUUUCUCCUUUUUCAUACUUCCUUCAUCCAUUUUGUUUCAAACGAUGUACUUUUUGGACCUAAUUUCCUGCUUUGAUUUUUCAGCAACAACCUUCACGAAUGUUGGCAUUACUAGAGAGCCUGGCGUAAAAGAUAGCCGAAACAUAACUGUCUCUGGACUGCACGCUUACUCGCUCGGUAAUGCAAAGAUGUGUUCGCUUUGAGUGAGCUCGCCUCACUCUUUUUUUUUUUUUUUGCAUUUUUAUAUCUUCCGUUUUGGUCCUAAACACUCCUAACCAAAAAUGUGUACUGAUAUUGUUUACUUGUCAUAUCAUUGCUCCUCACUGAUAGCGUUAAUAGUCUUUGUUGUGAUUGCCAUCAUCAUCACCUGAGGAAGGUGUCUUGACACCUCACGAUUUGAAAUGUUUCCUUUUUAAAGGCGCUGCUUUGCAGGCCUUUUGGCGUUCAUAUCAAAUCUUUCUAGAGCUUUUCCUUUGGCUUCCUGUGGUUUCUUUUUUAUCUAUUUCAGCUUUAGACUUAUCAUUCUCACUUGUGGUUACAAGGCUUUAAAGGAGUAAUAAGUGGCUGCGAUUACGGUUUCAUUGCUUUAAGGAAUCGUUUGACUGGUCUCUGGUCUGGAAACACUGAUUUAACAAAGAAAAAAAAUUCUCAAUACUUAGUAGCAGAGUUUUUUAAGCAUACUCUAGGGUGGGUCUGAAGCGUGGACCCUAAGUUGGGUGUAUUUACAGAAUACUAAUAGCUUUAAAGGAUUGCGCAAGCAGUCCAUCAACAGAGGAUGCUUUUUGAGCGGGUUACGGGUUGCCAUGUAGAUCACGCACUGAAAACUCCUGGAAACUGUUGUGCUACUGUAUGUCAUCGGUGCGACUGUGCGAUGUCUAGACUGUGACCUGUAUUCAUCCAAAAUCUGUCAGCCUCUUAAGGUCUUCCCAACAAAGGGUGUGCUUUCUGUGUGGUCUCCUGGGUUGGUCUAGGUGGUACAGGAUGAUGCCACCAAUCACGUGGUGGGUGAAUGUUCAGAAGGCAACCCGGCCCAGGAGAGAAGAGGAUUUCCUCUGUCCAGGAGAAUUUUUAAGGUGUUUGUUUUUCUACUUGUGCACAGUACCUGUACCAAAAAAAACUGGAUUUGAGAACUGCAGUCUGCCUGUUAUUUAAGGAAAAACUCAUCACGCUUUUGAGGAAGAGGUUCUUUUUAUUUUCGAGGCCUUUGGCAGGCCUCUCUGUCGAGAUAUACCAAAAAUAUUUGUUGAAAAACCUUGUUGCUGUAUAUUACCGUUGUAGCGUAGCGUAAGUCUAAAUAUUUAUGAGUGGAGAGGCUCUUGACAGACCACAGGAAAAUAUGAUAAUGCAAUAUUUUGAAGAUCAUUUCCAAAGACAAAACUUUCCUUUUUGUUUUCUAGUUGAGAUGGCUCUCCCUGCUCUCGUCAGUGCAGCUAACCAAAAAAUAACCCGAGUGGAUGGGGAGGGUGGAGUUUGUAAAAGGUUCGGAGGCGGUCAGGACACACAUGCUGCAGCGACGACACCCCAAAGUAGCCUGUCCGCCUCCAUGUGGUUGGUGAAAAGUCUUUGUGAGUGAGAGGGAGGAAACCGGAGCGGGUCGUCUCCCUCUCCCUAAUAAAGUUAAUAUAUUUGAAAGAUGUUGGUGUGAGUGGAUGGAAGCAAUGCUAGUGCAUUUGUUUGCCUUACAGGCUCUCUCUUGGUUUUCUUUUUUUAAUCUUAUUAUUAUUCGCUCCCCUGUGUAGCUGUGUUUUAAUUGGUUUGAUCCUUGGUAGACUGAAGUAUCCACUAUGGAGGCAGGUUGGGACCAUUGUUUGGAGCUUUAGCAGGGCGGUCUUGUCGUCCCCUUCCCCCUUACCAAUGUAAUUCAGCCAUGACGUAAAGCUUGAACCAAAGUCGUUUUCUCGCUAGCUGCUGUGCCUGUGGGGUCCAGCGAAGCGCUGGCCACACUAUCACUACUCUACACUACUGAUAAACUUCCUCAUCUCUUACUUUUCACACCUACAGCUCAUGGUGAGCAUGGUAAAAAUGAACUAUGCGUUCAGCUUUAAAGUGAAAUAUAUAGCAUAGUGCAGUGCUGACUUGUUUUAGCCCUUGAUAUCAACGCAUUUAGCGAUCCAAAGACUAAGGAAGGGCCUUGUCUGUAAGUGCUAUUCAUUCUUAUGUUCUAGGUUUGAUGCAGUUAUGCUGUAGUUGACAGGCUUUGCUGAAUCUGCCCUCCAAAUAUCACACAGGUUUCACUGGAUUCCACUCACGUUUUUAAUGAUCUUGCCACUGUAGCAUCUGGAACCUGUGGAAUGCAAGAAAACGCUCCACUAUUUGCCUUCUGGGUAUGUUGCUCUGAGCUUGGCACAGCACUGGCACACUCCCAUAAGGCUGUAAUGGUACAUAAUUGUGGUAUACUGAAAGAGUAAACCACUCUCUUUUUAAGCAUUCAUAUAUAAAAGGUACAGUCAGGACAUUUUAUUUUGUAUUUAUUUUUUUAAACAGGCUGUUUUUAGGCUGCUGAUACAUCCUUGGUUCUGGUCUCCAAGCGCAAUAGGCAUAUAUGCGUCCGUUUCAGAGCACAAGUGCUGUCAACCAGACCAUGUUAAUAAAAUUGAGCUAUAAGCAUGUACUGAUUGUACCUCUAAAACCUCACUGGCCGAAUCUGAAUUUUUCCAGUGCUAGCUCCUUUUUAUUUUGCCCCAUUACUACCCUGAGUGCUAUCCUCAAACUGUUCCUAUUGACCUGUCGAUUUCUCUCAUUUUAAAACUUUUGUUAUAUAUUUUUCUUUUUUUUUUUUUUAAUUUGAAUUACCUCAUCAGCACUUAAAAGGAAGUUUCACUUUAAGCAAAAUGGCACCAACAGACAACUCCAGAAUGUAAAAGAGCUGUUAAUUUUUCAACUGUCCUUUUUUUUUCUCUCAAAAUUCUCAGCAAUGCAUUCUAGAAAAAAAAAUACACAUAUAAUAAAUAACGUCGAGUCAAACUACUACUGCUAUUUCAAGUACUACUACUUAUAGGGUAUCUCCAGGUUAACCAGUUCUUAUUUUAUUAUCCUACUUGCCAAAGUAAAUAGGCCUUUGUCUUUGCGGCUGGGUUGAUGUCUUGUUGCUGCUCACUCCGCUGGUUCCGUUCCCGAGGCCUCAACAUGGCCCUCACGGGACGUGUAGUUUUAUGUGUAGGUAAAGUAUCUCAGUUGUUUUAACGCAGUGAUUUGGUGACCGGUGGUGCCGGGACCAUGGGAAGUUACUGAAAUAUUUAUCUGAGGAACGACUUCAAAGAAUUAGAGAAAGAACUGUUGUUGUUUUUUUUUUCCCUUUCUUUUUUUCUAAAUUCUAUAUAUAUAUACGCAUAUGUAAUAUACUCAUAUUUUAUAUUUGAACUAUUAUCAGAAUUGAAUGUAGUGUUUUGUCAUGCUUAUUCACAAAAACUGAGAAAAAGGCAAAAAAAAAAAACCCUUCUUUUUAUGAUAGCAAUUCUGAAAAACUCAAGACCAAAAAUAAAGACCACACCCCUUGGAGGUGGGAUGGCUGUUGUUUAGGCCCCUCCCACCCUGAGAUACAGUCUGUUAUUGGGAGGGGUUUGCUAUGGUGCUCCCACCUUUUACUUUUGCUUAAGAAAUGGACUCGAAAGCACCUGAUCUUAUUUUAGUUUAUUUUUUUGUUGUUUUUAACAAUCAUUUGAUCUUAUUUACUUCUGUUGCCUUUAAUUUGUUUUUUUUUUUUUUGUUUUGUUUUUUUGCAUAGCAUGAGGGAGCAACAUCACUGGCUUUCUUAGUUUAAUAAAAUUAACUUAUCCUUAUCAUUUAUGCCUUACUGUAGUUUUUAGAAGAUUGAUGCAUUGUAGCAAACUGUAGUGCGGGUGUGUCAAUGUGAGUGGAGUUUAUUUUCGCGUGAGCGUUUGUAUGAGUGAACGAGGAUACACCCUGGCAUGCUUCUAUGUCUAACUCACUCGGUGCAUAUUGACCGUUGAAAUAACGCUGUGAGUAUUGGACUCGUCGUUUUUUUAUGUUUGGACAUAGAAAUGUUGCUACCUAUUUAGGUGUGACUCAGGCAGGUUGGAGACCUGCUGAAAAAAGCUUUAUUAAUAACCCGACUCCAGCUGUUGUGAAGGCGAAGGGGUUAUCUUAGUUCUUGGUGGUGGUGCACUUGCUUUCAAAGGUCAUUCUGCAGAGUAGAACUGGUAACACUUUAUUUAAAACUUGCUGCAUAACACUGACGUAAACAUGCCGUAAAAAUGUCAUAUGCUGUUAUGACAAAUAUAACUGCCACGUUACUACAAUCGAUAAUUGUCAUGAAGUGUCAAUGUUUGACAUCAUGAUGGCUAACUAGAUUAAGCUACACUUUAACUAGAAAUUUGCAUGUGUGGAACCCAGUAAUGUAAUUUUCCAAAUAUUUAUAUUUACUAUAAUAUUUUGUGCUCAACAUGGUCAAAAAAGUACUGUUGUAAAUGUAACAAAAUGAAUAAUACUUUGUAAAAAAGUCUUACUUUGCAAAAGUAACACUCUGCUCAUUUGUAGUCCAUAUUUACAUUUUGCAGAAUGCGUCAAACCAUUGUAAAAGACCUUCAGGCUACUGCUGAAGUAUUACAUUAUCCAUUUUAGGGGAAAAAAAAAUAAGACCAACUUGCGUAAAGGUCCAAUAAUGUAAUUGGUAGAAAAUAUGAUCAAGCUAAAAAUGUUAAAUUCCCAAUAAUGUAAGAAGAUAUUGCUUAAACAUUCAUUAUAUUAUCAGUUUAGAUAUUGUAUUAUAUUAUUGGCUAAGUUGUUACAUUAUUGGGGUUUAUUACAUUUUUGACCAAGUUCAAAGUAUUGUUACUUAUCAUUUAUGGAUGAUAUUACCAUAUUGGGGAAUUACUACAAUACUGGCUUCUACAACAUGACAUAAGCUGCCAUGAUGAUGUCUGUGGGACUGUUAUGUCGAUGUUGUGUGUCAAGGUUCACGUAAAAUGUUACCAUGGAAUUUCUUGAUCAAACUGCUUGGAAGUAGAGUUCUAACAAAAGGCCAGCUGAAACAUGUGGGACAAAUGUGUCUUUUUUUUUAAAAAAAGAGCAUUAUAGCAGAUUGAUGCAAUGGCAACCACUUGUAUGCUUUUUAACCUGUGUGAUUUAGGGUGGUAUUCUGACGGAUUGGAUCGAUAGCACUUCUGCAGCAGAUCUGUUGCAGUGUUAGUUGCGGAGAAGUGGUCUGAGUGGGUGAUUAGAUGAUUCCUUUGGCUUUCAGAAUGACUGUUUGUAGCCGUGUAGUUUCUGGCUUGUGCUUUGCUGCAGUAGGCCUCGAGUCUGUUGCUAGGGGAAAAAAAAAAGACUGGCAGAAGUUGUCAUGCACCAGAUGGGAGGGCUAGCUGGUCUGGGUAAAGGAGCUGUUGUAUACCUCAUUUCUAACUCGAGACAGAGUGAAAAAUUGCUUUAAUCUACUUUGAAAAAUGAACUAAAAAAAAAAAACAACCCUGUCCUAAAAGAGAAGCCUGCAGACGUCCAUUUAGUGCACGGGGUGAGGAUCUAGCUACGAAGACGACACGCGUGUACGCUCGUGAGCAUUAGGACUCUUGGUUUGUUAUGGUUGCAAGCCUCAUAUUUAUUUUACCCCUGAACAUAUUUGUCUUUGUAGGUAACCUUGUAGUUUAUUUUUUAUGAUUUGACAAUCGUCUUGUUUAACGUCUUUCUUUUGUAUGAAUGUAGCUACAGGGUUUCUUUUGUAUGUGAGCGAAUAUACAUGCUGUCUGUCUCAGUCUGCUAGGCCUUCAUCCUUUCUGUGGUAACCAAAGACUUCCAAAGUGAUUGUAUGGACUAAACUGUCUCUCCUCACUCCCUGCCUUUAGCAAUGGAUUCGACGUCACCUCUGUUACACCUUCAGCUGGGUAUCGGUCAGGGCGUGAAGGACAGGGAGGGACAGGCUUCUCCAAAGGACUUGUAAAAUUAACCCCUCAUGGGCUGGGUAAUGUUUGUUAGUACACACUGAAGGAUGUCCUGUGCAUACUGCAGCCUGCUCAGGAUGAACUGUCUGUUCUCUGGACUUCAUCGUCUUUAUGGCUGUAAUGAAAAGAAAAAAAAAAAGAAACAUGUUUCUAUACGUGUCGCUACCAAAAACACAUCAUUCUGAGGUCACUUUCACACUGUCCGGCGAUUUCAGUGUGCUGUGUUUGUUUGUUUAUCCUUCACAGUUUGUCUCUGUUUCCGUCAUCUCGUUUUUCCUUGGUUUGACUGAUCAGCUGUGCAACUAUGCAUCGUUGUCCUGUAGGCCACUGGGGCUGUGUCUGAGCGGCACAACUCUUUACCAAAUGGGUCUUCGGCGUGUCAAGCGACAGCUUUACUCCGAGCGCAGGCUGUCGGCAGAUGUUACAAGCUCUAUCCCAAAGCAAAAAUCCAAAUAUAUGAAAACGUUUGACAAACGCAGAUACCAAAGAUUACUCUGUCUUUUGUCCUGUUUCUCUCUCGUCCUCUCCGAGUCCUUCAGCAUGUGUAUUAAGGAACAGAACCCAGCUCUGAUGUUUUAGUCCUAACCUCAGUAAUUCCAAAGCUUAGAUGUAUAUUUUGGUAUUUUUCUGAGAUACUUAAAAGACGUAAAAAAAAAAAAAAAAAAGAAAAGAAAAGAAAAAAAAAUCAAAAACAAGUUUGUCAUUUUAAAUUU